UCACUUCNCUUCACUCAACGCUCUUAUCGUCCCUCUUAUUUUCCCCUUUGGAUUCCGCAACCCCUAGCCGCCGUAAACACUAACCACCGCCACCCUUUCCGCCACAGUCUGUAACUAUGGCCGAUACACCGAAGACCAAGAAAUCCAAGAACCUUAACAGGACCCCUGAACAAAAGCAAAAGCAACCCACCUCCCCCCCUGACCACCUAAUCGUGCCCUCAACUCCCAACUCCUCUCUCCGCCGCUCCAUACGCCUCACAGCCACCGCCACCCCACCGCCACCAUCUUCCCUGCAAAAAUCGCCACAUUCCACUGCCAAGCCGCCAAGAAAUUACCAAAAUGCCCCCAAAUCGCCAUCCUUCACCAUUUCCAUCUCUCCAACCUCGCCAGAACCCACCGAAUCCAAAAAAAGGAGAAAAAAUACCGAAAAUCAAGACAUGGAUCUUGAGAAAAAAAGGAUCUUGAGGAGUGCUAAAGCUAAUGCUAUUAAAAGUAAGAAGAGAAUGUAUUACAAGAAAGUGGUGUUUGAUGGUGUCGAGUUUUCGGCAGGAGAUGACGUGUAUGUGAAGAGGAGGGAGGACGCGAGCUCGGAUGAGGAGGAUCCCGAGGUGGAGGAGUGUAGGGUGUGCUUUAAGCCGUCUGGGAGGAGGAUUAUGAUUGAGUGUGAUGAUUGCUUGAAUGGGUUUCAUUUGAAGUGUUUGAGGCCGCCACUAAAGGAUGUUCCAGAAGGGGAUUGGAUUUGUAAUUUUUGCACCGCAAGAAAAUCGGGGGCAAUGGUGAAAUUUCCAGAGCCUCCAAACGGGAAGAGGCUUAGGACUGCUCGGGAGAAGCUGCUUUCCAGCGAUUUGUGGGCUGCUCAUAUUGAGAGUUUAUGGAAAGAAGCGGAUGGUACUUAUUGGUUUCGCGCACGGUGGUAUAUUAUUCCAGAGGAGACAUCUUCAGGGAGACAGCCUCAUAAUUUAAGAAGGGAACUCUAUCAAACUAAUGAUUUCGCUGAUGUUGAGAUGGAAUCUAUCAUUAGGCAUUGCUAUGUAAUGAACCCCAAAGAGUUUGCCAAGGCAGGCAACGAAGGAGAUGAUGUCUUUCUAUGUGAAUAUGAGUAUGAUAUACGCUGGCGUAGUUUCAAGCGCAUCGCAGAGAUUGACAAUAACGAUGAGGAUGGUGAAGAAGCUGAUGGUGAUGAAGACUGGAAUUCAUGUGAAGGUUCGGACCCUGACACAGAAGACAACAUAGAAUAUGAAGAGGAGAACAAAAGGAGUACAUUGACUGGACCAUCUUCAGCUCAUCCAAUGGCUGCAAACUCCAGAAAGGGGCGAAUAUUUGGACUUCAAAAAAUUGGGGCAAAAAAAAUACCGGAGCAUGUUCGGUGUCACAAGCAGACUGCUCUGGAAAAGGCAAAAGCUACACUCCUACUGGCAACAUUGCCCAAGUCUCUACCUUGUAGGGAUAAGGAAAUGGAUGAGAUAACUGCCUUUAUUAAAGGGGCCAUAUGUGAUGAUCAAUGCCUGGGAAGAUGCCUAUACAUUCAUGGUGUUCCCGGUACUGGCAAGACAAUGAGCUUUCUUUCUGUGAUGAGGAACCUAAGGUCCGAGGUUGAUGCUGGAAGCAUUCAGCCUUACUGUUUUGUGGAGAUCAAUGGUCUAAAAUUGGCUUCUCCUGAAAAUAUUUACACUGUUAUUUACGAAGCAUUGAGUGGACACAGAGUUGGUUGGAAAAAAGCUCUCUAUUCCUUGAAUGAGAGAUUUUCAAAUGAAACCAAAUGUAGGAAAGAAGAGAUAAGGCCUUGUAUCCUCCUCAUAGAUGAACUUGAUCUUCUUGUGACCAGAAAUCAAUCAGUUCUAUACAACAUCCUUGAUUGGCCCAACAAGCCAAAUUCUAAAUUGAUUGUGAUAGGGAUAGCAAACACCAUGGAUCUUCCAGAGAAAUUGCUUCCGCGUAUCUCUAGUCGUAUGGGCAUACAAAGACUUUGCUUUGGUCCAUAUAACUAUCUGCAGCUUCAAGAAAUAAUUUUAAGCCGCCUAAGAGGAAUUGAUGCUUUUGAAAAACAAGCAAUUGAAUUUGCUUCAAGGAAGGUUGCAGCUGUUUCAGGGGAUGCUCGCCGUGCAUUGGAGAUAUGUAGACGAGCUGCAGAGCUUGCAGAUUAUCGUUGUAAAAGAUUACCAUCACUUUCUAAUUCUGCAGCCACAGGGAAGGUUCUUGUUGGUAUGGCAGAUGUUGAAGUGGCCAUAAAAGAGAUGUUCCAGGCUCCUCAUAUUCAAGUGAUCAGGAGUAGUUCUAAACUGAGUAAAAUCUUCUUGGCUGCUAUGGUGCAUGAACUUUAUAAGACAGGGAUGGGUGAAACCACUUUUGAAAAGUUGGCAAUGACUGUUUCGUGUUUCUGCACAAGCAAUGGGGAAACAUUUCCAGGAUACGACAUACUACUGAAAGUCGGAUGCAAGCUUGGGGAGUGCAGGAUAUUAUUGUGUGAGCCGGCUGCAAAGCACAAAUUGCAGAAAUUGCAACUCAAUUUUCCAAGUGAUGAUGUGAUUUUUGCACUCAAAGAUAGCGAGGAGCUGCCAUGGUUAGCCAAGUAUUUAUAAUUCACAUAUUUCAAGGAAACCCAGAAACAAUGUUUAAUUGAUGACUGAAAAUAUUCUUUUUCAUACCGUUACGAAAUUUUCUUAUGAGAGAACAGUUUUGUUUCGUUCUUCUUUUAGCAUAACAUUCAUUUAAAAUAAGAGUAUCUAUUUGAGACUUAUUUUCUUGA